GAUGAUCCCACAACACGUAUAAGUGUGCUGACACAUGAUGAACAUGCAUAUGUCACUGCAUGCUCACACCUUUUUGGUGCUAAUCAUAGCACUUUUUUUUUUUUAGCACAUUUGGCCCAGCGUUGCACACCCACCACAUCCACACAUCACGUGUUAGUCAGACUCUCCUUCAUCCUAGAUUGAUAUAAAGCUUCAGUAAACAUGAGAUCAAAUAGAAACAGGGGUCAUCUGGGUAGAAAGUGGUGAGAAGUCCUGUAUAAAGGUGGCAGCUGUGGAAGAGGUCAAGCCGCAGCAGCAAGCAGGUGAGUGGAAAUCUACUCCUGCAAACACACGGCACACACUUGCUGCUCCUCCUCCCAUGUGUUAGCUUUGUAGUAAAUCCACAGGCUUUCACCACACACUCACAGUAUUUUUUCAUCUUCUCGCAGGCCAGCUGACCCUCCUGAGUUCAUCUCCUUUUACUCAAAAUGCAAACAUUUGAAGUUUUCUGCAUUCUCCUGCCACUUCUCUUUUCUGCUCAUGCAGACGUUGUGGAACGUUUUGAGGAUGAACCAGAAUGCUUGAAAUACUUUUAUAAGGAUAAGGUGCCUGAAUGGGGAGCCUCCACAUCUGGCGCUGCCCGUCUGUGUCAGCGCUUCGUCAACAGGUUCCACUUUGCCACACUGUAUGACACCAACCAUCGCAUUGCUGUCUACUCUGCCUACCAGUUUGAGCCCAGCAACGGAGGCGGCAGGGAGAAGAGGUGGUUUGUUGAGCCUCAGCUGGUAGAUAUGUCCUGGCAAGCUGAGAUGAAGGACGGAUAUUGGCUGGGGAAGGAUUUCCCAGGGGUCUACCAGGGAGAGAAACAAGCCCUCAAUGAGGACUACACAAACUCUGGCUUUGACCGAGGUCACCUGAACCCUAACGGACACCAUCCAGUGCCGAGCCGUAAUGCUACCUUCACCUUGACCAAUGUGGUCCCCCAGAACCCCAAAACGAAUCAAGAUGCUUGGAGGAUCCACGAGUCAGACCUCACCACUCUUUUCCUUGAAAAAUGCUCAAAAGCUUACGUGUUGGUUGGCGCCAUCCCCUCUGCAAACAACUGGAUCAUCAAAAACAAUGUGAAGCGUGUCAACAUCCCAGACUACGUGUGGAACGCCUACUGCUGCGUGGACAACAAUGACAGGCCCAUCCUGAGCGGCGCUGGUACAGCAAGGAACACCGAGGAGAACUAUGUUGUGAAACGUUCCCUGGAUGACCUGGGGGCUUUCCUGCAGCAGUUUUCCACAGAACCAGUUGGAGAGCUGUUUUACAACAACUGCCAGGCUUAAAUAACGGGCACACAAAAAUCUAAAUGUAAUUGCUCAAUAUUUUUAAUUUAAGAUUACAUAUAAACAUCCAUUCAUCCAAGUCAGACUGUGAGAGGCAGGACACAACCCGGACAGGUUUCCACUAACAAAAAAAAUUACAUUUAAAGACAAUUUGAAAUUAGACUGAGGCAUUUACAAAAAUGCUCACCAUUGGUUAAAGUAGCACAACAAUAACCAAAAUUCAAUCAUAUUUGAAGAAUUUAUUAUUAUUUAUUUAGAACUAUAUCACAUAAUAAACUAUCAAUAUUUCUGCUGUUUUGCAAAUACUAAAUUUGGUGCUGAUUGCUAAUUGAAUUCUAAAUUUAAAAAUAUUUGGCAUAUUUCAGACCAUGCGGUGGCAGCAAAGGGCUUCAGAUAUGGUACACUAUGUGUGGAAUAUCUAUUAUCAGCUAUUGAUGAGCAAAAAGAUUAAAUGAAAGGUAGUCUAAAAGAGGUUAAAGCUGAUAAAAUGAUCAUGCGCCCAUUUUAAACAUCUGUAAUAUUAAAAUAAUGAUUCACAGGACUAUUAUGGCUGUUUAUUUGUGUCCACCUUGUUAUGUCCUCCCACAAGCAGACAUCAGGGAUCUGGAAUGAUUGAUACCAGUGAUGCUAUUGAAAAUCUUUGGACACUAACAGAAUUCUGAAAAUGAGACACAGCUGUUAC